AUGUCGUUACUAGAGACUUCAGUGGGGGUGGGGGACAUGGUCCUUCUGGAUCCCCUGAAUGAAGAAUCUUUGCUCAAGAACCUUGACAAGCGAUUUCAGCACAACGAGAUUUAUACCUACAUAGGGAAUGUGGUGAUCUCCGUGAAUCCCUACCAAAAGCUGCCCAUCUUUGGCCCAGAAUUCAUUGAUAAGUACAAGGAGUACAACUUCUAUGAGCUGAAGCCACACAUUUAUGCGUUGGCAAAUGAAGCCUAUCAAUCACUGAGGGAUCAUGACAAAGACCAGUGCAUCAUCAUCACGGGAGAGAGUGGAUCUGGGAAAACUGAGGCCAGUAAGUUGGUGAUGUCAUAUGUGGCGGCUGUGUGUGAGAAGGGAGAGGAGGUGAACUCAGUGAAGGAGCAGCUAUUGCAAUCGAACCCUGUGCUGGAGGCUUUUGGCAAUGCCAAGACGAUCCGAAACAACAACUCCUCCAGAUUUGGCAAAUACAUGGACAUUGAAUUUGACUUUAAGGGCUCCCCCCUUGGUGGUGUCAUCACAAAUUAUCUGCUGGAAAAAUCCCGGGUAGUAAAGCAUGUCAAAGGAGAAAGGAACUUCCAUAUCUUCUACCAGCUGCUGGCCGGGGCAGAUGCCCAGUUGCUGAAGGCAUUGAAGCUGGAACAGGAUGGGAGCUGCUACUCAUAUUUGAACUGCGAGGCUUCCAGGGUAGAUGGGAUGGAUGAUGCCGCUAACUUCAGAGCAAUGAAGAAUGCCAUGGACAUUAUUGGAUUCUCCACUGAAGAGUUCCAGCAUAUUCUUGAGGUGGUAGCCAUGGUGCUGAAAUUGGGAAACGUGGAGCUGGGGGAUGAGUUCCAGGCCAAUGGGGUGGCAGGGAGCAGUAUUAAUGAUGGAAAAGUUAUCAAGGAUAUUUCAGACCUCAUGGGGCUGCAGUCAGAGGUACUGGAGAGAGCCCUGUGCUCCCGGACCAUGGAAACAAAGACAGAGAAAGUGGUUACCACAUUGAACAAAAUUCAGGCAUGCUAUGCCCGAGAUGCCCUGGCCAAAAACAUCUAUAGCCGUCUCUUCAAUUGGAUAGUGAAUCGGAUCAAUGAGAAAAUCAAGGUGAGCAAUUCAGCUAAAAAGAAGGUCAUGGGUGUGCUGGAUAUCUAUGGCUUUGAGAUACUAAAGAAUAACAGCUUUGAGCAGUUCGUGAUUAAUUAUUGUAAUGAGAAGCUGCAGCAGGUGUUCAUAGAGAGGACAAUGAAAGAAGAACAGGAAGAAUACACGAAAGAGGGUAUAGCUUGGGAUAAGAUUGACUAUUUUGAUAACAGCAUCAUCUGCAACCUCAUCGAGCAUAAUCAGCAGGGUAUCCUGGCCAUGUUGGAUGAGGAGUGUCUUCGGCCUGGUAUGGUCACUGAUUCUACCUUCCUGGCAAAGCUGAAUCAGAUGUUCUCCAAACAUAAUUACUAUGAGAGUCGGGUCACCCAAAAUGCCCAGCAUCAGCAUGACCCCACCCUGGGGCUUAACUGUUUCCGUAUCCAACACUAUGCGGGCAAGGUGAUGUACGAUGUGAAUGGUUUCUUGGACAAGAACAAUGACCUGCUAUUCCGAGAUCUGUCACAGGCUCUGUGGAGUUCCAAGCACCCCUUGCUUCGGACAAUGUUCCCUGAGGGGGAUCCCAAACAAGCCUCCCUUAAGCGACCCCCCACAGCUGGGACCCAGUUUAAGAACUCUAUAGCCACACUCAUGAAGAACCUAUAUUCCAAGAAUCCUAACUAUAUUAGGUGCAUCAAACCAAACGAGCAUCAGCAACGAGGUGUGUUCUCGUCUGACCUAGUGGGUAUCCAGGCCCGGUACCUAGGACUGCUAGAGAAUGUUCGAGUUCGAAGGGCUGGCUAUGCCUACCGACAGGUUUACAGUGCUUUCCUACACAGAUACCGGAUGCUGAGCCGAUCUACCUGGCCCCACUGGCAUGGCCAAAGCCGGGAGGGGGUAGAGAAGCUUCUGGAAGAACUCACCUUGGACUCUAAGGAGCUGGCCUUUGGGCGGACCAAGAUCUUCAUCCGUAGCCCCAAUUCGCUUUUCUAUCUGGAGGAGCAAAGGAGAAUUCGAAUACAUCAGCUAGCUGCUCUCAUCCAGAAGAUAUACCGGGGCUGGCGGUGCCGUACCCAUUACCAGCUCAUGCGCAAAAGCCAGAUCCUCAUUUCGGCCUGGUUUCGGGGUAACGCGCAAAAAAAACGCUAUGGGAAGAUAAAAGCAUCAACUUUACUGAUCCAGGCCUUUGUGAGAGGAUGGAAGGCCCGAAAGGAAUAUCGAAAGUAUUUCCGGUCAGGGGCAGCCUUGCAUUUGUCGAACUUCAUCUAUAGGUGUAUGGCUCGGAAAUUCCUGUUGAGCCUCAAGGACAACCUGCCAUCUCAGAUCACUGACAACAGGUGGCCAUCCCCUCCUUACAAAGCCUUUAACCUGGCAAAUCAGGAGCUGAAGAGAAUUUUCCACCACUGCAGGUGUAAAAAAUAUUGGGAUCAGCUUUCCCCACAGAAGAAAGAGGCCCUGAAGGAGAAACUCUGUGCCAGUGAAUUGUUUAAAGGCAAAAAGGCUUCAUAUCCCGGAAGUGUCCCUGUGCCUUUCCGGGGUGACUAUGUGAAGCUUCAUGAGAAACCCAAGUUGCAGACAGUGGCUGAGGGUCCUGUGCUGAUGGCUGAGACUGUGAAUAAAGUCAACCGAGCCAACGGCAAGAUGACCCCAAGGAUUCUCCUCCUGACCAAGAGUCAUGUGAUCCUUGUCGAUGCCAAUGGUUCCAAAGUCAAGACUGUCAUCGGGCUGGAGAAUGUGGCUGAGGUGUCGGUCAGCAGCCUUCAAAAUGGACUUUUUGGCUUACAUCUCACUGAGAUCUCUUCAGUGGGCGCCAAAGGAGACUUCUUACUUGUCAGUGAUCAUGUGAUUGAGUUGUUGACCAAGCUAUACCAGGCUAUGCUGGAUAAAAUGAAGAAGCAGCUGCCAAUUACUGUGACCGAAGAGUUCACUGUGAAGUUCAAAGAUGGCAACAUGACUGUGAAGGUCAUUCAGAGCCAAAAGGGAGGCCAGGGGAACAAAAUAAGCUGCAAGAAGAAAGGAAGCAACCAGUUGGAGGUGUUGGCAUAGUGAGGGUACUGGAG